AUGAAAAUUUUUGUUGGACUUUGUUUGCUGGUGGUCGUUGCGACUUGCAGGGGAGAUUACGUUAAAUUUUUUGAGAAAUGCACCAAAGAAAAAAACACUUUCGACUGUUUGAAAAAACGUGCGCUCGACGUUUUAGAAAGGGCUGUUGAGGACGAUACGGUUUAUGUUGUUAAUGAUUAUGUGUCGAUCGCUAGAGAUCCAAAAGUCACUCCUGAUGUCGUUCAAAGGUCCAGUGGGGAAAAUGAGACGGCUUUGAGCUUGGAUGAUAAGCUUGACAGGAAGCUACAUGAAUAUUUGGCUUCCAGAAGCAUCAAACUGACCAUUCCUGGAGGAGUUAUUGAAGGACGGGGUAAGAAGAAAGAUAAAGGUGGAUAUGGAGGCGCUUUGAUGAUGGGAGGUCUUGCUAUGGCAGGUGUAAUGGCCCAAUUAGCAUACGCAAAAAUCGCCUUCUUAGCGGGUACAGCUCUUUUGACUGCGAAAAUAGCGUUAGUACUCAGCGCAAUAAUUGGACUGAAAAAAUUAGUCUCCAGCGGCGGCGGAGGUCAUGAAGUUAUCUACGCUACAGCCUCCGAUCCGCACGGUGGUUAUGGAGGAUGGUCCAGGUCUUUAGGAUCCUCGUAG